CAUUAAAGUCUGAUACCUGCCAGCUUUCUUUAGGACCAUUAUCAACCAUCCUGGGAUGGACCGCGAUCACUCUGCUGAUAAUUUAGAUAACAGUAUGGUCAGCUCUACGCAAAAGACUCACCCAUGCAGUAUGCAUGGCAGUGGUAACAAUCAUGCUGAGGAUAUUUGUAUUGAAACCCCAGUUUCGGCCUUUUACUCGAUUGAUAGUGGUAUCACAGAGCAAGUGAAACAAAAUAAACGGGAAGCCGAGCUAAAGAGUAUGAACAUCAGUCACUUAAUUGAGCGCACAAAUCAUCAACAAUGGAACAUCGAUCAGGAAACACAAGCAGCACAGUCAAGCUCUUCCCCAAGCUCAUCCUCUUUCAUUUUUCGCAGCGUACAAGUGCCCCUGCGUAGAUCCAGUCCAAAGCACCAGAAACAUUGCCCAGCGGAUGGUGACAUAGACUCUGCCCAACUUUCUCAUGUCACCACUCAUAGUAUAGAUGGAUUAGUUAGUGUUUCCAUAGCGGAUCAUUCUGUCAGCGCCACCACCCACACAGAAGAUGCGGAGUAUCGCCUACAACCUGCAGAAGAUGCCAGUACAGCUUUCACUUCCCACCUGCCAUUCAAACCCCAAACUAUAUCUACCCCAUCCACAGUCCUGUCAGUAUCCGCCAUGGCGUGCGCCGUGUGCCAUGGGCAAUCAAAUCUCUGCACAUCCGCAUCUCGUUGUUGCAUCAGGGAUGAGUCUGUUGAUGUUGUCAACAAUAAAGUGCCCGAAAGUACUCUGCAAUCCUUUAAUCAAAUUCAACCCGACGCAGCCAUUGGUUUUGAUUCCACAAUCUCUGUCAAGAUGGAAGUAAAUACAUCGGAAUUGCUCGUUACCGGCAGUUCCACAUCAUCAUCCACUGCAGAUGCUUUAGCUGAUGGCUUGACUGGCUCUGCCUCCACUAAUACUAUUGCUGACAGCUCAAACACAUCCGGAGCUUCUCGUUUUACCUGCACAAUAUGCAACAAAGGAUUUCUUUUGAAAUCUUACUUACUGGACCAUUGCCGUAACGUUCAUCAAAUCACUAGCCAGCCACUCUAUCGCUGUCAUAUAUGCAAUCGUACUUUAUCCACACAGUCGAACCUCACCGUUCAUAUGCAAAUACAUCGAACAGAACGAUCUCCAGAGCAUACAUGUCACUUGUGUCCUAUGACAUACUAUCAUCGUUCAGCCUUGCACCGACAUCAGCGCAAAGAGCACGGCAUGGAUAAACGUAGAAGAGGUAGAAAGCGACCUUAUCAUGGCUCAGAUGUCGAGUCGGGUGAUGGCACUAGUGUAAAGUGCACUGGCUUUGGCGCAUUUAGUCCACCCAAAAGGCUUGCCAUAGAUGAUCAACGCUCCCGUGGAUCUCAACCUGGAUCGCCAUCACAUCGUCAAGCUGCCACUGAACUCUUGGACGGAGAGAGCCUUGCGCCUAUACCCUCUGGCUCGGAAAGUGGCUUUUCUCGACGUAUAUAUUCCAAAAACAAGGCCAACUCUGAGCGUCUUGUUCAGUCUGCUUCUUGCUCGCCUACUUCUGCUCAUGCAAUCUGUCACUGGACUCAAGUUGCAACUCGUGAAAAUAACAGCUACUUCCAACCCAACAUUACUGCAAAUAACCACCGCGAUGUCAAUCGUGUUGGAGAAUCAUUGCGUGGUGCUAGCUUGAAUGAUCAAACCUCUCCUGGCGAUGCAAAUGCAUCUGGAAGUGGCUGGGAUGGACUACGCUCUGCCGGAUCAAUACAUUCUGCCUAUGAUCAACCACCAUACCAUGACUAUCCAUCUGAGGGUAUGUAUUCACUUGGCGGUCAUGAUUUUACCUCGAGAUCCGAUAGCCUAGCACUACAGAGCACAUCUGCUCCUUGCUCGCCUACUUCGCAUGGUCCAAAAUUUCGUCAUGGCCAUUCCUAUCAGCCUCGCCCUAGCCAUUUCUCAUACGAGACCUAUAGUG